UUGUUUUUUAUUGAUUGUUUAAUACCUUUAAUUGGAAGAUUAUUAUUAAUUAUUUGUGUUAUAGUAGGAGUAGCUUUUUUAACUUUAUUAGAACGUAAAGUUUUAGGUUAUAUUCAAAUUCGUAAGGGACCUAAUAAAGUAGGGUUUAAUGGGUUAUUGCAACCUUUUAGUGAUGCUGUAAAAUUAUUUACUAAGGAGCAAACAUAUCCAUUAUUAUCGAAUUAUAUUUCUUAUUAUUUUUCUCCUGUUUUUUCUUUAUUUUUAUCAUUAUUAAUUUGAUUAUGUAUUCCUUAUUUAAUUAAAUUAUAUUCUUUUAAUUUAGGAGUUUUAUUUUUUUUAUGUUGUACUAGUUUAGGUGUUUAUACAGUAAUAAUUGCUGGUUGAUCAUCUAAUUCAAAUUAUGCAUUAUUAGGGGGUUUACGAGCAGUUGCUCAAACUAUUUCUUAUGAAGUAAGAUUAGCUUUAAUUUUAUUAAGAUUUAUUUUUUUAGUGGGUAAUUAUAAUUUUUUAAAUUUUUUUAAUUAUCAAAAUUAUGUUUGGUUUAUUAUUUUUUGUUUUCCUUUAAGAUUAGUUUGAUUAGCUUCUUGUUUAGCUGAAACAAAUCGGACUCCUUUUGAUUUUGCUGAAGGUGAAUCAGAAUUAGUUUCUGGGUUUAAUGUAGAAUAUAGAAGAGGUGGAUUUGCAUUAAUUUUUUUAGCUGAAUAUUCUAGAAUCUUAUUUAUGAGUAUAUUAUUUGUAGUAAUUUUUUUAGGAAGAGAUAUUUAUAGUUAUAUAUUUUUUUUAAAAUUAACUUUUAUUUCUUUUAUUUUUAUUUGAGUACGAGGUACUUUACCUCGAUUUCGUUAUGAUAAAUUAAUAUAUUUAGCUUGAAAGAGUUUUUUACCUUUAUCUUUGAAUUAUUUAUUUUUUUUUAUUGGAUUAAAAAUUUUUUUUAUUUCUUUAUUAUUUUAA